AUGCUGUCAGAAGUGGCAGGGCCAGGACCCAGACUGGAGCAUUCUGGCUUCGAGGCCUCUGCUCUUAACAGCACUAUGCUGCUUUGGAUGACCAGAGCAGUCCUCUUCCUGAAAGAAACUCACGUUUUAACGAUCUUCCCCCAAGGAUUCUGCCAGCCUCAGACCUCGGCUAGUGAUGAAGAUGCCAGCAGGGGUCCCGUCUUCAACCCUGAACUGGUCAUUGCCCACUGCUUCAAGCAGUUCAAGCAGAAGGACUUCCACCUGCCUCGAAGCCGCCGGCGGAUCAUCAUCUUGCCUCGAGAGGAAGAUGCGACCUCCAUCCUCAAUCCAACACCACAGCCCCAGGCUCCCUCACAAAUCAUCCCCAGCUUCAAAGCCCUGGAAGCCAGGGACGUCCAAGAGCCCCCGGAGGAUGUGAGAACCUGGAUGAGCCAGAGGUUGAAAUUUCGGCAGGAACUAGAGUCAUGUGUCAACAUAGACAGGUGGCUGCAGAACAAGUCCAGCCUCACGCCUUCAGAGGCCAAGAUCUUACGCAUGACCCACAAGGAGCACGCUGUGGACCCGCUGAUGACCCACUUGAUUCCUCCCAGCCCCACCAAGAAGAAAAUCGUCCGACCGUUCCACCAACCGAUACCCCAGCUCCGACUGCCCAAGCCCUCUGCCCUGUUUGUCUUGUACUCCUACCUGCGCAGCCACAAUAUGAAGAUCCUGGAUAUAUUUGCCAGGGUGGAACAGGGCAAUAACCAGGCGAUCUCCAGGGAGCUGUUCAUUAUGGCUCUGAAGGUGCUUGAAGUCCCUCUGGGAAACCAGGAGAUAGAGGAUAUUGUGAUCUAUCUCAGCUCUCUGGGGAAGCACAACAACAUCACCAUGGAUAGCCUGAGCAACACCUACAAGCAGUGGUCCUUGGCUCAGCAGAAAAGCGUGCUGAGAACUACAAAGGAUUCCUAUUUUAGGUCUUCCAAGCGCAAAGCUUUGACUCGGCAGCUGCCCAAGAAGCAGGUGAAUUUAGCUCCAAAGCCUCCCAAGAUGGACCAGCUGACUGUGCCUGUGGUUGACACUCUGAUGGAGGCAAGGCCCUUGAGCCUGGAGGAUAUGGAAGACAUCGGCAAGCGGUACCGGCAGAGGAAGCGGCAGGCCAAGCUCACAAUCCCCUCCAUCCAGUUCACGGAGCAGUGCCGCCUGGUGCGCAGUGGGAAUAAGCAUUUUGACAACCACUGCCUCCCGUCCACCAUCCCCGGGGAGAUGGGCGAGCUCAUCAAUCUGUUCCGAAGGGACACCUUUCUGCUCUACCUGAAGUGCCAGGAGGUCUGUCAGUACUAUGGCCUCCCGCUGACGGAGGACAUCCUCAUAAAAGCCCUGCUGUACCCAGGGGACAAGAUCAUUUUCCAGAAGGACGAGGUGCGCCCCAUCCGGCAGCCAGGAGGCUACUACGUGGACCUCCUCCUCAGCCCAACUGCAGCCCUGCUCAAGUCCAUGGGCUUCAAAGUGCUUGCAGCUAAGAAGACCAACAAGCUGAGUGUCAAACCCCCCGCCCCUUCCCCUUUCCCUUUGCCUCCUGCCUUGCUGCUGUCCAUCAGCUACAGAAGCUGGGAUGCUGACUUACUUGGGAUGUCAUAUUGUACCAGUGUCUCUGUCCUAACCCUGCACGUCCAACCGAGUCACCAAAGAUGGACCCAUCCUGAGGCCUCCAACUUACUCUCUGAGACCCCACCAACCUGGAUUUCCCCUCUCCUGACUAGAUACCUCUCUCUCUUAUCCACUAGGAAAGAGUCAAAGAAAAUGGACUUUGAAGAUUUUGAGAAAUUCACCAGGAAGCUGAAGGAGAAGAGGCCCCGUGGUCCACAGCGUACCCACCCCAAUUUCUUCUGGCCGGGUCACCUCCUGGACAAACUGCAGCUCUACCUGCCCUCUGUGACUGUGGACCGGAGCCUGAUGCUAUUCAGUUGUGUCCAACAGCGGCCCCCAGUUUACCCAGCUACCUACCACUCCCACCUGUGAUGGCCCAUUAGGAAUAGGGACGACAUGACCUGUGUUUAUUUCGAUGCCCCCAAGGUCUAUUACAUCGACCAGAGUGGCCCAGGUGAUGUCAGACCCAGCCAUCCUGGGCUGGACACCAGUGCAGCUAGCAGCCCAGAGCCAUAGACACCAGGAGUGUCAAAGAGCCAAACAGAAGAAAUCAUUUCAGUGGGAUGGCCUGGGGCUAGCUGUAUCCAGAGUAAAGUGGUGUCCAGGGUCUCAGAGGCAGAUGUGUCCAGGGAAAGAUGUGCAGUUUUGGGGUGUUUCCCUGCCCUUUUGAAAUAAACCAGACUGGAGUUUCUAUCAUGUCA